AUGUCGUCAAAACACUUCAUCCAUGACCCCACGCACCUCGUCCGCACCGCGCUGCUCUCCAUUCCCCGCACCAACCCCGCCGUCCGCUGCGACAUCGAAAACAAGAUCAUCUACACCGCAAAUGCCAAGGCGCAGGUCAGCAUCGUCUCCGGCGGCGGCUCCGGCCACGAACCCUCCUUCUCCUCCUUCGUGGGGCCCGGGCUUCUCAGCGGCGCCGUGGCAGGCACCAUCUUCGCCUCGCCCAGCGCCGAGCAGGUGCGUCGGUGCAUUCUGCACCGGGUCAGCAAAGAGAAGGGUGUGUUGGUCGUGGUGAUGAACUACACGGGCGAUGUGUUGAACUUUGGCAUGGCGGUUGAGAAAGCGCGCGCGGCGGGGAUCGAGGUUGAUAUGGUAGUUGUGGGGGACGAUGCGGGGGUUGGGCGGGAAAGGGGCGGCAAGGUGGGAAGAAGAGGGAUUGCGGGGACGGUGCUUGUGCAGAAAGUUGCUGGUGCUCUGGCGGCGCGUGGGGCGAGCCUUGAGGAUGUCACGAGAGUUGCGCAGAUUGUUGCUGACAACACUGUCUCGAUUGGCAGCUCGUUGAGCCACGUGCAUGUCCCUGGACGCAGAGAGCCGGAGGACGAUGAGUUGAAGGAGGGCGAGGUCGAGAUUGGAAUGGGUAUUCACAACGAGCCUGGGUCUGAGCGCAAGUUGACUGACCUGCCUGGCUUGGUGAAGACGAUGUUGGAGCACUGCCUGAAUACCGUAGACCAGGAUCGCAGCUUCUCGAGCAUCAGCGAAAAGGACGAGGUAGUACUUCUGGUCAACAACCUCGGCGGUGUCAGCCCGCUGGAAUUAGCAGGCAUUACGAACGAGGUUGUCGAGCAGCUGGAGGGUAGCUACAAGAUCAAACCUGUCCGGAUAUUGUCAGGGACAUUCAUGACGAGUCUGAACGGCCUCGGCUUCAGCAUCAGUCUGUUGAAGGUGGCAGGCCUGCAGCUCAGCGGCGGUCCCUCCCUGUUGGAGCUGCUGGACGCCCCGGCCGAGGCAAGUGGCUGGUCGGCAGCCAUCAGCAGCGGCACCUGGCAGAUGCGAGGGCAGGCGGCGCAAGAGGAGAAGCAGACAGAUGCUGAGGACAUCCAGCCCAGCACUCUCAGAGCUGACCCAACACAAGCUAAAUCAGCACUGAAGACGGCGUUAGAGCGAAUCAUCUCAGUCGAGCCAGACGUCACGAAGUAUGACACAAUAGUCGGCGACGGGGAUUGCGGCAUUGGCCUGAAGCGUGGCGCAGAGUCAAUUCUCAAGAUGCUGGAAACGUCGAAGAGCACAGACGACGUCUUAAUUCUCCUCAACAAUAUCAUCCAGGUUGUCGAGGUCUCAAUGGACGGAACAAGUGGGGCCAUCUACGCCAUCUUCCUGAACGCGCUUGCCCACGGACUGCGUCAAAAUGCACCUUCCUCUCCAGGACCAGUUACGCCUGAGAUCUGGGCCAAGGCCCUUGACUCAUCGCUCAAGGCGCUCGGCAAGUACACGCCAGCUCAGCCCGGCGAUCGGACCUUGAUUGAUGCCUUGGACCCCUUCGUCCAGACAUUGUCGAAGACGGGUAGUAUCGACGAGGCGGCCGCAGCCGCACAGAAGGGAGCACAAGGGACAAAGGGUAUGAAGGCGAGCUUAGGCAGAACCGUGUACGUCGGAGGUCAAGGAUUCCAGGAGGUUCCAGAUCCCGGUGCCCAUGGUCUUGCUGAACUACUGCUGGGCCUGAGUGAGGGUUUGAAGAAGUGA